AUGGGUUGCAGUGCUUCGGUGCCAACAGUUAGUUCUCUCAAUGCUCAUCAUCUCACGACUUCAUCAUCACCACCGACGGCACCACCAAAAAAUUUGGAGAUUGUAAAACAUGCAUAUAUCGAUGAAUCUACUGAUGAUUUUCGUAAUUCAAUGAUACGUCGCACAGUUAAUACUAUUGAAACAUUUCAAGAUACCGACGAAUGCAUCAAUUAUAUAACGAAACUUGAAAAUAAAAAAGUCUUUCUCAUUAUUUCUGGUGCUCUAUGUCAAACUAUUGUACCAAAUAUUCAUCAGCUCGAUCAAAUCUACUCAAUCUAUAUAUUUUGUCGAAAACCAUCGAAGUACCAAGAAUGGGCAAACGAUUGGUCUAAAGUGAAAAGUAUUGUCACGGAAAUUACUUCAGUUUGUGACUCAGUUCGACAAUCGGCUCGACAAUGUGAUGAAGAUUUGGUCACGAUUAGUGCUGUGUCAUCAUUAAAUCAAAUUGAACCGUCAUUUAUGUACACGCAACUAUUUAAAGAAAUCCUUCGUGAAAUCGAAUUUGAUAAAAACAAAGAAAUCAAUACACUAGCUGAAUACGCCCGCGAAAAGUAUACCGGCAACGAUGAACAUCUAAUGAUGAUCGAUGAAUUUGCCCGAGAUUAUCAAAAUGAUUCAAACGAGAACAAAGCUAUUUGGUGGUAUACACGUGAAUGUUUCACAUACCACAUGCUGAACAAAGCCCUAGGAAGUCUUCAGUUGAAACUCUGCUCAGUAUGGGUGUCUUCAUUCGUGAUCUUCACCAGAAUAUUACCAAACUUCAUUUCGAACAAUCAAAUAACCCACCUACAACAACAACAAUUACAGUCUAUCGGGGCAAAACUAUGA